AUGCUCUGGUUUUUGGAUCCCAAGUAUUUUGACCACCACUGUUGCCACAACUCCGAGUUUCAGUCAGUGAGACCUGAUGCCACUGUCCGUAGCCACAAAAUCCACUGUGUGGUUUUGGAUCUAAGAAAGAAAGCUUUAAUCGAAGAUUUUGCUGAGUAUUCUGUUGUGGUCAUCAAUGGCUACCUCCCUUCGUGUGGGACAAGAAAAUGGUGCACACGCAGUUUAACUGGCUAUGGCACCACAUUUUCACCAUACAAGGUCGAAGGCGUAUUCUUCCCAUUGGUUCUUGCACAGGAAAGCACAUCCCAAACCGCCAAAAAAAAGCAGCCAUUGUCUUACAGAUCUCUAACACCAAAUGAUCAGAAUGUCUUUAAGAUUCUUGCAGAGUAUCAACUUUCUCACCCGGAUGAAGACAGCAUGCCCACCGAUAAUCUUUAUUCAGCCUCUCGGGAACGCUUCUUUGUUAGCAGUCAAGUGACUUUGAACUCUCUUUGUUAA